AUGGAUGAAGAGGAGAGACCAAGAAAGCUCGCAAAACUCGACCACGAUGAGGAGACAACCAAUCACGAACUCGGCCCAGCAAUGACCGGCGCUGUGACAGUUGACGAUGAGCUGCAUUUAGCGAACGCGCCCGUAAAUGACGGCUCGAAAGCUGGACCUUCAGAAAUCCUCGACGCGCACGAAUCGGAACUCGCUAUCUCAUGUGCACCAGCUGAUUAUACCCAAGAUGCGGAGCCGAAAAUAUCUAAGAACCAGCUCAGGAAGCUUCGCCGCAAAGAGCAAUGGGAAGCUGGUCGCGAGGAACGCAAGGUCAAGCGAAGGGAGCAGGCAGCCAAAAAGAAAGAGCGACGGCACCAGAUGAUUAAAGAAGCAAGAGAAACUGGGGGCCAGGAAGCAGUGCUAGCUUUGCGGAAGCAAUGGGAAACCACCAGGUCGAAAUCCAGGAAGUCCACUCUGUUGCCCAUCGGCAUUAUUAUUGAUUGCAGCUACGACGAACUUAUGAAAGACGGCGAGCGUAUUUCUCUGGCGGGACAAUUGACGCGUUCCUACUCGGAUAACAAUCGGGCCACCUGGCGCUCACACUUAAUGUUUAGCUCGUUCAACAAACUACUCAAGGAGCGAUUUGAUACCGUGCUGUGGGCGCACAAGAAUUGGAAGGGCAUUCGCCUGAUCCCGGAGGACUUCGUGCAUGGCGCCGACCUUUUAAAGGCAGAUAUGGCCUCCCCUCGAGGUGGACAGCUAGUCGGUCCUUUCGCUGACAAGACUGACGCCAAGCCCGAGGAUGGAGAAGUGAUAUAUCUCAGCAGUGACAGUGACAACACACUGACCGAGCUGAACCCCUAUGGCACCUACAUUAUUGGUGGUCUUGUCGAUAAGAAUCGCCAUAAGGCUAUCUGCUAUAAAACUGCCGUGGAAAAGGGCAUCAAGACCGCCAAACUCCCCAUUGGAGACUAUGUCCAGAUGGCCUCCCGCUCCGUGUUGACUACCAACCAUGUGGUUGACAUCAUGUUGAAAUGGCUGGAAGUUCGAGAUUGGGGUGAAGCUUUUAUGACGGUAAUCCCACAGAGAAAAGGUGGCAAAUUGAAGGACUCAGCAGAUGGUGCAGAAGAUCACGAGGUGGACGGCGAGGAGGAAGAAACGAACCUGGAGAAGCUCGCGAAGCAAAUGGAGGUUGAGCAAGAAGAGGUUGGGGAUGACGACGCUGAGCGCGAAGCGUGA